AUGUGGUGUAGCUUUGAAGGGGAUGAAUUUGGGUAUUUGAUUGCAGAUAACACACAUGCUUCAGAUUCAUCUGAGAUAUGUGUUAAAUCUUGUCUCCUUAUGGCUGCUGCAAAUGCUGGAGAGAUUAACCAUGCGCAGCCUGGCCCCAUUGACACGUCAGUGUUGACGUUGCAGCCCAACCAUCGAUCAGAAGCCAUUUGGAAUGGGCAGGAUCCAGGGUCCCUUAAAUGUCGUGCCCGUAGUGAAGAGUUCUCGAAUCGAGAGCCAAUGGUGGAUGAUCGAGUGAUUGACAUCAUUAAGGCACUUGGUUUGGAGGGACUUCUCAGGACUCCGGGUAGAGAGAUUGAUCAUGGCCUGAUAACGGCCUUAGUGGAGCGAUGGCGGCCCGAGACUCACACAUUCCACAUGCCGCAUGGUGAGGUCACCAUCACAUUGCAGGAUGUGGAGGUUCUUCUUGGACUUCCUGUUGAUGGUGACGCUAUAACAGGGAGCACACAAAAAAUAUGGGAGACUGUGUGCGAUGAGUACCUUGGCUUUCGACCUGCCAAUGAAGACCAUCUGGAAUGUAGUGGCCAGAGGAUUCUCAUCAAACGGCUUUUGGAGCAAGUUGCCCAUCCACUGCCGCCUAAUGCUGAAGACGAUGAAGUGCAUAGGUACGCACGAUGCUACAUCCUAGCACUAUUGGGGGACACAAUCUUCAUGGACAAAUCCGGUGAUAGGGUGCAUCUAAUGUGGGUGCAGCAGUUGGAAGACCUUCGCAACCCACGAAGGUAUAGUUGGGGAAGUGCUUGCCUUGCAUGGCUGUACCGACAGUUAUGCAGGGCAAGUGAUAAGAAAGCCAGUCAGAUUGGUGGGUGUUUAUUGUUGGUCCAGUAUUGGGCGUGGGCCAGAUUCCCCUAUUUGUGCCCGGCAGUUGAGCGUGGCCCACCAGUGGGUGCUUAUGGUCCUCCAGUGCGUGGUCCACUGUCCCUAAAGUGGGUGUGGGUCCUAAACAAGAAAAAUAGGCCCGCCCAGGUCUUUAGGGACAGGUAUCGGGAGCAAAUAGCUUUAAUGUUGCCAAACCAAGUGGUGUGGCAGCCGUAUGAAGAUGAAUACGAGAACCUUCCACCGUGGUGCGUUGCAGGGAGGGCAGUGUGGACGGCAAUGGUGCCGCUUGUAUGUUUCCAUCUAGUAGAGAAACAUACACCGGAUCGUGUCGUUCGGCAAUUUGGGAUGAUCCAAGAAAUUCCCCGCCAUGUUAACACGGACCCGGUGCUUCAUGCCAUUGAUUUGAGGGGGAAGAUGGGUGUUGAUUGGAUGCGGAGACAUGCUAUGCAUCUCACGGAGUGGGGUCAUCGCCUUCAACAGCGUUGUGAAGCAAUGCUUGGUGAUAUGCCUCUACAGCACGAGUACUUCGAUUGGUUCACAAGGAUAACUCGAAGGUUUAUCGAUAUCCCCGGUGCUAGAUUCAUUCUAAUGAUUGAAGGAUAUGUCCGUAUGAUGCGCCGUCUUCCAGUGGGCACGGAGGCCCACAAUGACAUUAUUAAUGUGCUGGAGGCAGUGCAUGAGAUUGGCCAUGUACGACCUCGGGAACCUGAGGCCCCGAACGAGGAGGCAGCUACUCCUGCGGCAGCGCCUACUCAGAGGCCAAGCACUACUGAGAGCCCAAGCACGAGCACAGCUCCUGCCGGACGUUGCUCUCGUCCGCCUGUUGCUACCCCUCAGGUUGUCCCUACCCUCAAUCCCUCUCCAUCCACCGCACAUCCAUCCCUUAGCCCCACCAUCCCUUCACCCACUCCACAUCCAUCCGUUAGCCCCACCAUCCCUUCACCCACCUCACAUCCAUCCCCUACCCCCACCAUCCCUUUAGCCACUCCACAUGAGUCCCCUAGUCCCACCAUCCCUCCACCCACCCCACAUGAGUCCCCUAGUCCCACCAUCCCUCCACCCACCCCACAUGCCUGUCCUGGGUCUGACAUUUGUCCACCCACCCCACGGUCAUUUCCUGAGCUAUCACCUAUUCCAUCAUUUGACCUGGGUCUUGAUCAAACCCCUCCUGACUUGCAACCCCUCCCACCUUCGCACAGUACGUCCACUGGCCCUUCUUCAGCCAUUGACCCACCCCAUGUUCAGCCUGAGCAGCCUGUUGGGUUAGCUGUAGCGGCAGAAGGUCGGCCAAAACGCAUAUCUAAGGCACCUCCUUGUGGGACAGGGGGGCACAAACAUGGACACAACGCUGGGCCCGAGGCAUCUGACGAAGGACAUGCAAGACCUCCUCCUUAUUAUACGAGAAAGCGUAAGGAUGCUGGCUGGCUGCUUCCUCCUGCUGUAAACUUGAGAUUCAUGCCAGAAUGCCUUUGCUAUAUUUAUCAUCAUAUGGCGUUUGAGUGGUAUGGGAUGCUGGCUGGAAGUAUCAGUCCAAUGACUGGUGAGCCUGUAAAGCCAGCCUAUGGUGGUGACGAUGAGUCUUUUCUAAAGAAGGUGGUAACUCCCAUAUAUGAGACGAUAGCAAAGGAAGCUAAAAGAAGCAAAGAAGGAAAAGCAAAGCAUUCUCAGUGGAGAAAUUAUGAUGAUUUAAAUGAAUAUUUCUGGUCAGUUGAUUGUUUUCGGCUGGGUUGGCCUAUGCGUGCUGAUGCUGAUUUCUUUUGCCACCCUCCGGAACAGCAUCGAGUUGACAAAAAGGAUGUAUUGAAGAAGUUGCUCAAGGAUGAUGCCAUAUCCAAAGCAAGGAUUAAUACUGAGGUUGAACUUGAAAACGUGCCUCCAUAUGAACCUCCGAAAGAUGAACUGGUGAGUAACUUUGAGAAUCCAAUUAUUGCACCUGAUCGGAGUAAGCUGUCAAAACGGCAUGGUGCAACUUCUGCGGCUCAGCCAUUUCUUGUUAGCCUAUCAUUAAAUUGUAGAAAUUCUGGAAAAAUCAAGUACAUGUUUGGCUUGCACAAACCUUAUUUGAAGCUAUCUUUUGACACGGUUCAACAAUUAAUGAAUGUGAAGAGUGACCUAUUGCAUGUCGUUCAAAGAAACCAGGCAAAAUUUGAUGCUGCAGAAGCAUAUGAGUCCAUUAUAGCAGGGAAAAGAGAACAAAGGCCUCAAGAUUUUGUAGACUGUAUUGUUGAUCUCCGCGAGUAUGAUGUUCCUUAUCAUGUUCGAUUUGCCAUUGAUAAUGAUGUACGAUGUGGGCAAUGGUAUGACGUUAGUGUAUCCAGUACUGGUCUUAUGCUGGAAAAGAGGACAGAUCUUUUGCAACGUGCUGAAGUGCAUGUUUGUGCAUUUGAUAUUGAGACUACAAAGCUUUCUUUGAAAUUUCCUGAUGCUGAAUACGAUUUAAUAAUGAUGAUUGCGUACAUGGAUGAUGGACAAGGGUACCUGAUUAUUAACAGAGAGUGUGUUGGAGAUGAUAUAGAGGACUUAGAGUAUACUCCAAAACCGGAAUUUGAAGGGUAUUUUAAAGUGACAUAUGUGAGAAAUGAGGUAAUGAUACACAAAUCUUUAUAUGUAUCUUCACCAUUUACGUUACCAACCUCCAAAACUGACCACCUUUCUUCUCUCUCUACAAAGCAUUACUUUCUUCACUCUUUCCUCCCCAAGAAACCCCACCAAACCAACCCAUCAAAGUCCUCCAUUUUAAAAGUAAAAUGUACUGCAAUUGGCAAUGGCCUAUUCACGCAAACCAACCCAGAAGUUCGUAGAAUUGUCCCAGACAACAAACAGGACCUCCCUACAGUCAAAAUUGUCUAUGUAGUCUUAGAAGCACAAUACCAAUCAUCACUCACAGCCGCAGUUCAGGAUCUCAACCAAAACCAGAGGAACGCUUCCUUUCAAGUUGUUGGUUACUUGGUUGAAGAGCUUCGUGAUGAAUCAACAUAUAAAGCCUUCUGUAAAGACCUUGAGGAUGCCAAUAUCUUUAUUGGGUCUUUCAUUUUUGUAGAGGAGCUUGCUUUGAAGGUUAAGGAUGCUGUGGAGAAAGAAAGGGAAAGACUUGAUGCAGUGUUGGUGUUUCCUUCAAUGCCUGAGGUAAUGAGACUCAACAAGCUGGGGUCUUUCAGUAUGUCACAGCUGGGACAGUCAAAGAGCCCCUUUUUCCAGCUCUUUAAGAGAAAGAAGCAGUCUGCUAGGUUUGCAGAGAGUAUGUUAACUUAGUUUGAAAGGACUUUGCCUAAGGUUUUGAAAUAUUUGCCUAGUGAUAAGGCUCAGGAUGCUAGGGUUUAUAUACUUACUUUGCAGUUUUGGCUAGGAGCCUCACCUGAUAACCUGCAAAAUUUCUUGAAAAUGAUUUCUGGGUCUUAUGUGCCUGCCCUGAAGGGGAUCAAGAUUGAGUAUUCGGACCCGGUUUUAUAUUUGGAUAGUGGGGUUUGGCAUCC